AUGCCAUCACCGGAAUGUGAUUCUCCUGACUCGAUGGUAUACUUACUGUACAUGCGAGUUCAUACCAAGUCAUUACCCUACGGCUUCCGACCGGCUUCGCCCUCUCCAAGACCUUCCCAAGGCUCUCCAGCAGCCACCCACAUCGGGCGCUUCCCCACACACGCCAAUCGCUGCCGCCUUCCAAGCCGGUCUGGAGCCCAGUCUUACGUGGCGGGCAUGACAAUCAUGUCUUGGUCCAACUCGUCCAAUUCCAGUCCCUCCACGCCGGGCGGUGAUGACGAUGUCCAGCCUCGAGCCGUUUCACCCUUGGACCCGACCUAUACAACUCACACUUCACACCUCACACCUCACAAACCUUCAUGCGGUUUACGCGCCCGACCAGGAACUGCCCGACCAGUCGAUCGCUCCUCAUCGCCAUCCCCGAGUCCCCCGAGUCGCCCUCCAGCGCCCCGGUUUGACCCACCAGACGAUCGCCACCCAGCGGCAGCGAUGUCCGGUGGCUCCAUCCCUGACUCGGCAAAUGGGGCCCCCUGGAGGGUCGUGCAGGGUCUGCAAGGCACCAGGCUGGUCCUCUUGGGUGCAAUCCCACGGUGA